UGUCUAGUCCCUGAUUUUAGUGGGAUUGCUUCAAGUUUCUCUCCAUUUAGUUUAAGGUUAGCAACUGGUUUGCUGUAUAUGGCUUUUACUAUGUUUAGGUAUGGGCCUUGAAUUCCAAUUCUUUCCAGGACUUUUAUCAUGAAGGGGUGUUGAAUUUUGUCAAAUGCUUUCUCAGCAUCUAAUGAAAUGAUCAUGUGGUUUUGUCCUUUCAGUUUGUUUAUAUAAUGGAUCACGUUGAUGGUUUUCCGUAUAUUAAACCAUCCCUGCAUGCCUGGGAUGAAGCCUACUUGGUCAUGGUGGAUGAUUGUUUUGAUGUGCUCUUGGAUUCGGUUUGCCAGAAUUUUGUUGAGUAUUUUUGCGUCGAUAUUCAUAAGGGAAAUUGGUCUGAAGUUCUCUUUCUUUGUUGGGUCUUUGUGUGGUUUAGGUAUAAGAGUAAUUGUGGCUUCAUAGAAGGAAUUCGGUAGUGAUCCAUGCUAUUUCUAUCCGAGGGAAUCAAACUCGGGUUGUGAGGCUUGGCAGCAAGCGCCUUUACCCACUGAACUUUUCCUGGACUUUUUGGUGUUGUUUUUCAAGACAGAGUCGCACUGUGUAGCCCUGGAUGUCCUGGAACUCACUCUGUAGACCAGGCUGGCCUUGAACUCAUGCCUGCCUGCCUGCCUGCCUUCUUUCUUUCUUUCUUUCUUUCUUUCUUUCUUUCUUUCUUUCUUUCUUUCUUUCUUUUUUUGUUCUUUUUUUUUUUCGGAGCUGGGGACCGAACUAGGGGCCUUGCGCUUCCUAGGCAAGCGCUCUACCACUGAGCUAAAUCCCCAACCCCUCUUUCUUUCUUUCUAUCUUUCCUUCCUUCCUUCCUUCUUCUUCUCUCUCUCUCUCUCUCUCUUGUUUAUUAUUAAUUUAUUUGAUUUAUUUAUUAUUUAUUUAUUUGAGACAAAGUCUCAUUGGGUAGUUCUAGCUCAUCUCUAGAAGCUGCUAUGUAGACCAUGCUGGCCUCUAACUCAUAGAGAUCCUCCUGCCUCUGCCUCCCUCACUGUAAACCUGAGUGUUGGUAAUACAGAUGUACACCACUAAGCCUAGCUUGGGAUAUUUUUUUUUUAAUUUUUUUUUAUCAUGCCCAUCUUAGUGAAGUGAACUUCUAUGGUGUUAGUAGAAAGUAGCAGCACAUGUGUGGCGAUGUCCUUGUUCUCAGUCAAAGGAUGCUAUUCUCUGCUCGCACUAGGGUGUCCAAGCACAUCAGGAGCAUUGCCUUGUAUGAUCAUAAGGGAAGAGCUCUCUGUCUUUCUCUCCGAACCCCUCCCCUGUUGCCUUCCACUGUGAAUUUACUGCCCAGUGUCCCAGACCCCGACCUAGCAGUGGUUCUUGUUGGUCCUCAGUGCAACUCACCCUGAACCCCCCAGCAUCCCACCCUGCUCCCCACACACUGUGGGUUUCCUAAAGUCCUUGGCUUCUCUCUCGCCAUUGCUUAGGAAUCAAACAUCCUAAAACAUUACAGCUGGAAGCAGCAUAAGUCUCAACACAUUCUUCCCGAGUGAGGUCCUGCUUGUGCCGAGAGGGUUUGAGGGCUGCAGAGAUGGAAGUUCUCAGUGGCCAACUGACCCCUGAAGGCAGAGACCAGGCUCCCUUCCACUGGAGGGCGGGGCUUCUCAGGAGUUCUGGGAAGUUCUUGGUGAUAAAGAGUUCAUGUUUCCUCUUAUUUCUCUACCUCUGCCUUGACUCCCUCAUUUCCCAACUGAGAGACUUUUAUAUUAAAAAUUCAAGACAAUGCUUUCAUUUUUAAAUUCCAUUUUAUUUUUAAUCCGUUUUUAUAGAAACGCAGAUUAAAAGUCAAACAGUAGCCAUCUUUCUCAGGCCCAGCCCCACUUCCCAGAGGAACCUCUUUGAACUCUGGUGUUUUUUUCUUCCAAAUCACUGCCCUCACUCAGAUGUCUUGAAUGCAGUCUUAUUGGUGUUUAAACAUUGCUGUGAGAAAGACCCGGCACAGUCCCUCCUUGCUCCUCCCCAUCCUGACAGCCAUGCCUUGUGGGGUUGACCCCGUGGUUGGGUUUCCACACAUUAUUCACUAGAGAGAGAACUGAGUGAGGUGGUGCUUUUUGUCUGUUCAGUUGUUUAGCUGUUUUUUUUUUUUUUUUCCUGAGCUACUCAUGGUCUUUAAAGACUGGUUUUACUGCCUACCCAGGCCAAGUUCUUCCCCAGUGCCCCUGCAGACCUACUGGGUUCCUACUGUUGUCUUUGCUCCUAGCUUCCAAGCCCUCCCUGCAUUAUCUAUCACUCUGACAGCCCAGCCCGUGCCUCCCAUCUUCCUGCUCUGGCCUAGACUUGUUCAUCUGGGAUUCUUUUUGCUGUGUGUCUGGCUUAGAUCCUUCUUUUCUUGGGGCCCAAGUCUUGGUUCCUUGUUGUUGUUGUUGUUUGAUUGAUUUCCAUGUUGUUUGUUGUUGGUUUAUGCCUUGGGGGGGGGUGUCUCCUAGUAGGUUCUUGGGAAAAUGCAUAGGAGGUAAAUUUUCAGAAGCCACAUGGAGCUGAAAUUCCUCGGUGGGGGCAUCACACAGAAUUGUCACUUGAAAUCUUUACAUCUAAAAUUUGAAGGUAGGGCUGGAGAUGGUUCAAUGAUUAAGCACAGUGUGAUGAUUGGAGUUUGGAUCCCCAAGAACCCAUGCAAAUAGCAUCUGGGCAUAGAGGGCUGCCUACAGCUCGAGUUUUCUAAGGCAGAGACCGUAGAGGAAGCUAGCUGGCAAGAUUAGCUCUAUCUUCAAGAUCUAGGUGUGAUUGAGAGACCCUGCCUUAGUAAAUUAUGUGGAGUUGUAAUUGAGGAUCACCUGGGGCUUCUGCAUGCACCCUGAAACAUUGAAAUACACACAUGCACACCACUCCUGCACACAAAGUCAAAUAUUAAUUAAAAUAAAAUUCAGAAGUAGCUCUAUACUGCCAUUUUGAGUCCGGUCUGGUUUUCUCUCUGGAGAUUUAUAGAAUCACUAUCUUACCAUUUUUUAAGAGAAACUAGGCAACCUCAACCUAGAACAUUCCAGGGGAAACCACAUGCCUCUCAGUAAGAGGUGGAAAGUCCUCCUCUGUGCAUCCCUUUUCCUAAGCAGCAAGGGGAAAGAUCGUGAGGCAGCUGUGGCUGCUGACUCUUUGCUGGCCCUGUGGCCCUGUGACUGCUCCUUCUUCCCUCUUUACUCCACAGUAGAGGGUGCUCCAGACGUAAGGAGGCAGCCUGGAGAAACACACAUAUCUUGUUUUUUUUUUUUUUUUAAAAAAACAAAACAAAACAAAAUGAUUUUCCGCCCCCUCCCACAGCCCCAGGGAGUAAAAGUGAGCUGGAGACAGAGGACAAGAACACCCUGAGUCCCUCUCCUAGGGAGGACCAGUCCCACCCACAACCCCCUACCUCCUUUUAUCAGGCACCCUGUUCCUUAUAUUUCCCAGUAAAUGAUCUUUUGUAACAGGCCUGCGAACUGAUUGUUCCUGACUGGCAAUUUCUCUGAAGCAGAGUAAUAAAUACGAGAACCCAGGAAGAGGCUGUUCAGAACAUUUGCUUCUUAUUUAAAGAAUUUAUUUUUUAACAUCAAACUUUCUGUAUCUUUUUCCUCAAUGUCUAGCCUCGAGAAGGUGAGACUGAUUUAAGUUAAAGUGUUAUCUUUUAAACUAUUCAAGGAAGCCGCGUGUAGCGGUGCACAUCUUUUAAACCCCAGUCCCAGAGGCAGGCAGAUCUCUCUGAAUUCAAGGCCAGCGUAGUCUACAUAACAAGACCCUGUCUCACCAAUAAGUAAUUGCCUAUACAUUAAAUCAACGAAGGACUCCUCAGCUCUGCCCACUCCCCUCGGGCCUCUCCUCCUGUCUUUCCUCCUUUUACUAAUUUUGAAACCUUUCGUGUGUGCAUUUUGAAAGAUUCCUGAGAUUUGGAGUUAAUCACUGAAGGGAAGAAGGCAGUAAGAAACAGAGAGGAAAAAAGAAUUAAAGCAAAUAAACAAUAACAGCAACAAAGACUGAUCUCAAGGUCAAGUCAGAAGGAAGUACCGCUGAAAACCUGAAGCACAGGUAAAUAUGAUCUGACUUUAUUCUAAUGGAUCUGGGUGUCCUGGCUUUCAAACUCCUCAUCCAUAGACCCUGAAGGAAUAAACAGAGAACCUUACUAGACCGUUUCUCCCAGUACCGGCUCUUCCUUUUUCAGUGGACCGGUCCAUUUUCUAUCCUAUCACAAAAGGCCCAAUGCUUUUAUUUCAGGAUUUAGAAGGGAAGAGAGUGUCUAGACAACACCACUGAAAUGACUGGCCAAAGAGACAGAGAUCCGUAGGCACCUACUGGGUUUACCAGGAGCUUUUUACACCAGGGAGGAACCAUUCGCUCUCCCAGAGACUGCCCAAUGGAAGCUCUGGGAAUGUCAUACAGUUUCUGGUUUAAGGAAGGUAUUUUAGCAAAAGCCUCAUAACGUCGGUGGAUAAGAGGUGCUCCCCGUGAAGUCCUGCAGGCAAGUAGAUACACAGCAGGUCGGACGGUUGCCCUGACUCUGUAGUUCAGGCAAUGCUGUGUACUCGUCGCCGUUCCAUUACUGUGGGAAAAAAAAAAAAAAAAAACCACACCUGAGACAAAUCAGCUGAAAAGAUGAGAGGUUUAUUUUGACUCAUGGUCUCAGAGGUUUCAACGUAUUGUCACUUGGCCAUGACGCAAGACAUCAUGAGAAAGGCGUAGUAGAGGGGAGACUCUGUCCUGGUGACAGGGAAGCAGGCAGGAGGGAAAGGAGAGGAAGGAGAACGUGAGAGAACCUGGACAAGAUCUGACCUCAACAUAAUGCUCCAAGUGACCCACUUUCUCCGGCCAGGCCCUACCUCCUCGUGGUCCGGUCAUUUAUAAAUUCAUCGAUUGCUUCACUCAUUGAUGAACUGAGCACCCUCACGAUCCAAUCAGUUCAAUAGCCCCACCAGUUAGGGCCAAACUCUCAACACAUGGAGCCGUUUUAUAUCUAGAUCAUAACGGACUGAGAUCGAUCUUUCUGUAUUCACCCAUAAAAAUCCCUGAGAGUUGAAGCAAUGCCAGGCAUGUAUGUGGAAUGAAAGGGUGUAGGGGACGGCUUUGCGCAACACUGCAGGAGUCUUUCCUGCCCCCUCGCUUUUAGGGGUUGCAUUAGCAGUAACUGAGAGGGUCUUCAUACAACCCCGUGAGAGCAAAGCUUGGAGAUCGGUCUAGAUCUUCAGGACCAAUACUCCCAAACACCGUUUGUCCAGGUCAGGAUAAAAGUUCAUGGGCAAAUAGGUAAAAUGUUGAGGGUUUAAAGUCAGUCGAACAAGUACAAGAUGAGACACAGCUUAGGAAACCUCGCACGUUCUUACGCUUUAGUGGACGCUAAGCCCAGUGUUCAGACAGGUCAGCUGUGACUGCCGGCAGAGGCUCCUGGCAAGUCAUUCAGUGGCUGCUUCAUUAAUUUUGCCAAAUGCUGACUGGGAGCCUGCCAUGUGCCAAAGCACUGUGCUCAGGGGAGACCUUUCCUGCAGACAGUCACGAAGGUGUGCUGGAGGACUGGAGGGUGGCAGAGUACUCUCCUGAGACACCGAACAAGGAGGGAGAGGGAGGUGCCUCAUCCAAAUAUAAGGAGUAAAGGCAGUGCCCAGCGAGUGCGAGGUUGAGUGAUGCAGUGAGAGCUAGCUGUGUGGUACACAGGAUGGGAUGUCCGGGAGGAGUGGGAGCCACCGAGAGGAAAGCAGGGAGAAGAUUCUGUUGUGUUUUUCUCCUACCCUACAGCCUGGGGCAUCUUAGAUCUCAUUUCUUCAGUUUCCUCUUUCAAGAGCCUCAGGCUUCAUCUUUGGUCCUCUGCUUUCCCAUAUAUUUGCGUCUCUUACUGGCCUUAACCAAGUGCACGUCCUUAAACAUGUUCUGUUCGCACAUGUGCACAACAUUUCUGGCUUCUCAUCCCUGAGCUCAGGGCCCGUCUUGCUGCCUAUAUGAUGCUCCAUACUGAGCACGUUGAAGCCUCUGGGCCUCUGCAGUGCGUCUGCUGGGGAGGCCAUAACAAAGUGCCACAAGUGGCUGGCUGAAAUCAUAGAACUGUUCUCUCACAGCUCGGGAAGGGAGGAGUGCAGCAUUAAGACGUUGGCAGUCCCGCUCUCCCUGAUGGCUGUCGGGGAGGCUGUGCCUGUCCAUCACUUAGUGUGGUUGGUCAGCAGGGCCUUCACCCCAGUGUCUGCCUCUUGUGGUCACAGUGUCUUCUCCCAUGCAUACCUGUCUCUCCUCCUGCUAUGAACAGCAGUCACGUUAGGUUAGGGUCUAUACGGCUGACCAUUGCUUCUUAAGAGAGUUCAUUCCCCCGUUCGCAGUGCACACUGGUGGUGCCCACUUUGGAGCCUGAGGAAAGAAGGAUUGUGAAUUCAAGGAUAUUGGCUCUAUAUUCACAGGGGCCAGGGCUAGGGCUUUAAACAGAUCUUUGAAGGGGGGCAAUAAUUCCUGCAGCCCUUCCAGGCCAGCUGAUACCCAUGUCUUUCUUAGAGUUCUCAGAGUGAAACCCAGGGCAGUGUGCAUGCCUCCUAAUAUUUUGUGUGGCCCCUCUCCAUCCAGUGCACCUAAAUAUUCUGCUGACAUUACCCACAGGGACAGGGGCAAACCAGACCACUUCUCCCACCUCCACCUCCACCGCCCUGCUUCCAGCUACAAAAGACCACCAAACCCAGCCAUGAGAUUGAUCAUGGGACUGUCUUAUGUAAGACCCCCAUGUGCCUUCCCAUGUCACCCAGAGUUAUUACCAGCAUCCUUACUCCACACCAUCCUGGCUCCUUGGCUCUGGCACCUGUGACCCGUUUCUUUUCUUUGUUUGGAAUUUUUGGAGACAGGGUCUUGUUGUUAACUGAGGCUGGGUUUGGACUCAUUCACUAUGUAGCCCAGGAUGAGCUCACAAUCUUCCUGCCUCAGCAUCCUCAGAUGCGUAUAGCUACGUACCACCACACACAGCUCCAGUGUGCUCUGGCCGGCCACUCUUCUUGUGACUAACUCCUAAACUCUCUCCCUAGAGUCUUCACAUCAACAGGGUAGGUAGGCCCUGUGAGUGCGCCUGCUCCCCUGUAUGUAUGGCUGCCUCUCCUUCCGCACAUCUCGGCUCACACACCAUUUUAUUAAAGGAUAGUUAAAUAAAAUAAUAAUAUAUGUUACCACUGCAGACAGGGGAUGUCACACAAGUGUUCUCUAAGAAUGUAGCGUGCUCGGACCUGGAGGGCAUUGUGCUAAAUGAAAUGAGUCAGUCACAGGAAGACCAAGGCUGAAUUAUAAUGCUGUCAUGUCAGAUAUCUAAAGUCCUCAAACUCACAGGAGCAGGAAGUAGAAUAGAGAUUCCCAGGAGCUGUGAAGAGGGGACUAGGGAAUUGUCACACUGUGGGUCCAGUUUCAGUUGUGUAUGGUGGAAAAGUUCUAGAACACUCAACACAACAUGGUGCUUAUAUUUAAGAAUACAGAACGAGGGCUGGAGAGUUGGCUCGGCCAUCAAAGGCUGGGCUCACAACGAAAAGGAUAAGAAUACAGAACUACGUAUGGGUUUACUGCCAUCCCAUGUUAUAUGGAGUUUUAAGCCACGAUUUUAAAAAUGACUAUGUGAUUCACUGACCCCUUUGUUAUAUUGAAAUAUUCAAGGUUAAAGGACUUACCCAGGGCCUCAAAUAAGUCAGUGUCAGACAGUGGUAGGGAGUAGGCCUUUGGAACCCAGAGUACUUCCCCCUUCUCAAAGUUGUUGUAUCACAACUAUUUGUCAAAGCCCACGUUAUAGGGCAGGCAAGAUGGCUCGGCAAAUAAAUGUACUUAACGCCAAGUGUGACAACCUCUUUAAUUCAGAAUCCCCACAAUGGAAGGAGAGAACAGAUCCUUACAAGCACAGUAUGGCAUACAACCACCCCACCCCACACAUAUAAAUAAUAAAUAAAUUAAAAAGAAAAGAUACACAGCAGGUAGUGGUGGCUUAUGCCUUUAAUCCCAGCACUCAGGAGGCAGAUGCAGGUGGAUCUCUGAGUUAAGAGGACAGCCCGGUCUACAGAGCGAUCCCAGAAUAGUCAGGGCUACACAGAGAAACCUCAUUUUGAAAAACAAACAAUUCAAGUCACACAGUUCCUGGAGGUGUGCCCAUAAUCCCUGGGGAGAAAAUGUCCUGUGUGUUGGUUUCAUGAAGUUCUUCUAUGACCCACAGGUUGGGCAGGAGACUGGAAAGUGACACUCCUAGGUGACAUGUCUUCCAAAUGCAGGGAGCUUGUCUGAGUCUCUGUGCCAAGCACAGGGUACUCCCAGUGCCAAGAAGCUGGACAAAGACUGUGGAUAGAAGAAGGAAGACAGGCUGGCUGCUAGUCUGCUUGAUCCUUGUAGUGUAGGCUGUUUACAACUGAAAGAGACCACUCAUGUCUCCUAGGGGUACAGCCCCACUCAGCAACUGAUAGUCUACAUCUAUAUUCUUUAAUUUCUCCCUAGAAAGUGAUGGCUUCCGUCACAAGGGGUGGAUGCUUCCCACUGCUGGAGGGGUGGGACACUGGCUUCCCACUGCGGGGGGUGGUGGGACACUGGCUUCCCACUGCUAGGGGUGGUGGGACACUGGCUUCCCACUGCUAGGGGUGGUGGGACACUGGCUUCCCACUACUGGAGGGGUGGGAAACUGGCUUCCCACUGCUGGGGGUGGUGGGACACUGGCUUCCCACUGCUAGGGGUGGUGGGACACUGGCUUCCCACUACUGGAGGGGUGGGAAACUGGCUUCCCACUGCUGGGGGUGGUGGGACACUGGCUUCCCACUGCGGGGGGUGGUGGGACACUGGCUUCCCACUACUGGAGGGGUGGGAAACUGGCUUCCCACUGCUGGGGGUGGUGGGAAACUGGCUUCCCACUGCUGGGGACAGGGCACUGGCUUCCCUGUGUUGCAGCCUCCAUCCAACCUGACUUCUCUGGGCGGCUAACACUGUGCUCCUCCCACUCUUUCUCACAUUCUAGCUCCAGCCUUUCUGGGGUGUCUUUUUGCCUGUGACUGUCCCUUCCUUCUUUUUGUCUCUAUUUGUUGGUUUUCCCCAGAUCCUAUCCUUAAUGCUGUUGCCAGGCAACAGUUUUCCUAGGGUAUCUGCCGCCAUGUUCCUGACUCUAGGCCAUCUGGAUCAUCAUAAAAUCCUUAUCCCUCCCCCGCCCCCCUGGCCCUUGUUUGCCUCCUUAGGUAGAGAGUGAUUUUUGUCUUCUUCAUAUGUCUUAGUCUGAUCUAGCUGCAAUAACAAAGUCCUGUGCACUGGGUGGCUUAUCUGACAAGGUGAUUUUUCAUAGUUCUGGAGGCUAGAAGGUCAAGAUCAGGGGGACCACAAGGGGUGGGGUUCUUCCUGGCUCACAGACAGCCACCUUUGUGCUCUGUGCUCAUCCAGCAGAGAGAGCAGCCUAGUGUCUCAUCCCCUUCUUGUAAGGGCACUAACCCUGGUGUAGAGCCCGCUCUCAUGGCUCACCUAAACCUCAGCAUCUCCCAGAGGUCUCACCUUCUCGCACUGUCCCUGGAGGUCUGAGCCUUUUACAAAUGCACUGGACACAUCUUGGCCUAUAGUUUGGCACAACCUGGCUUCCUGCUGCAUUCCUGUUCGCCUCCCCUCUUUCCAGUAACCCAAGCCAGAAAAUGACAUCAUUGCCCACAGCGGCAGUGCCAGGUGUCUCCAGGUCCCCUGUCCUUGUAACCACUGCCUGUCAGUCACAUAUCCUUUCACUACUCACGGACCCUGCAAUGUUCUCUCAUUGCCCAGCCUGUCUCACCAAGCCCAGCUUUGCUUCCAGAAGAAAUACCCAACCGCUGUUCUUUGCGCUAUGUCUCGUACAUUUGGACACAGCACACUCUGCCUCUCCCCUCUCUGGCAGGACUGCCCUUCUUCCUGGCAUCUUCUCUAAUACACUAAUCUACGCACAGUACCUGCCAGACCAAAUGCAUCUCAAUGUUCUUGCUCUUGCCUCUACUUGGGGCACCCUUACCCAUAGCCCCAGGACUCAGUCUCAUCUGUCAGAACUCAACCCUGGGUCACCUUGGUGAGGCCUAACUUGUCUCCAAACAUCGUGAGCUUUCUAUGUGUCUUGUUUAUUACUGUAAUGCAUCGUUAUGGGCUUUAGUGUCUUGGCUGCCUCCCUGAAUUAUCUGUGAGCUCCUUGGGGGCAGGAAUCACCUCACUCAAUGACAGCCGAUGCACGGGGAACAAGCAGGAGAGCGGGUGGAGAAGGGCAAUAGGGUAGGAACAAUAACAUCUUUCCCAUUCUGUAUCUCCAGGGCACUGCUGGCAUAAGUGCCAUCAGCUGCCUGCCCUUGAUACUUCCUGUGCACGCAUUCAAUCCCCGGAGGGAGCCAUGAGUGUUCCUAUUUCCUCCCCCAGCCCUGCCAAGAUCCCUCCUGCCCACAUGAAUGCCCUCCUGAGUAAAACCCAUCCCUCCUCAGCUUGAGUUCCCAUUUAUUUCUCCCUUUCAGCCUCUUUGCUCCACCCUUGUUCUGUGUGUGCUGCUCUGUCUUCUAACAGUCGGAUGUAGUACAGCCCUGUGUAACACCUGUGUGAUCUGCUGUCAGCCCUGGUCGCUGCUUUCAGUGAGUAGUGACUCCACUGUAGACAAUGGCUUUGAUUUGUGCUUUUUUUCUUUUCUUUUUUCUUCCUUCCUUCCUUCUUUCCUUCCUUCCUUCCCUCCCUCCUUUCUUUCUUUCUUUUCUUUCUUUCUUUCUUCCCUCUCCCUCCCUUUGUUCUUCCUUCCUUAUCCCACACCCCCUCAAUACAAAGAAGGUUUCUGUGUAGUCCUGGCUAUCCUGGAAUUCACACUGUAGACCAGGGUGGCUUUGAACUCAGAGAGAUCCUCAUGCCCCUGUCUCUCAGUGCUGAGACUAAAAGGCGUACACCCCCACUGCCCAGCUCCAUUCUUUCUUGCUCAUCGGACAUUUGGUUAAUGCUUCUCCAUAUGAUGUACUCAUAACUGGCCUCAGAGUUGGGUCACUUCUCUGCCUGCCUCUCUUUCUCUGAGCUAGAUCCUCUUCGGAAAGACCGAGCAGCCCGGGAGUCGUGUGUCAUGAGACAGGUUUCAAAUGUGGUUUCCACUAAUUUAAACCAGGGUCUGGAAAGCAGGCCGUUUAAUGUCUAAGCCUCCAGCUCCUUAUCUCUGCAAUGGAGGCUGGAUCUUCCCUGUGAAGUACAGAGAGGGUGAAAGGAAGUGAUCUGCAUAAGGCACACAGCGCACUGCCUAGCAGGAAGGGAAGGUUGGCCUCCGUGAUUGAUGUUUUCAAUAUUGUUUCACCAAUAACUCUGCCCCUAAAUAUCUGUCAGGCUAGUGGGCUGUACUCCAGGCUUCCCGAGUUGCCCCUGAAACCUACCCUUCUCCUGUUAGUUGGAAUGGAAGCCUAACUUUCCAUGGGGUGGGGAGAGGUGCCAGGGAGGUCUCGACCACAGCUUCUGUCUUCAUGGGGCAUAGCCAACGUUCCCAGUCUUGGUUAAACAUGGACUGAGCUGUCUCUUUACCCUUACAUGCAAUGCCUGGGAAAACCAGUAACAGCAGCCCCCUUAACUGGUCACUUCUGUAGGCAUGGCAGCUAGCCCCUUUCCAUCCGAUCACUUCAGGGGUCAGGAUUUGCUUUUCUUGGUUUAAGAGGGUCUGAGGAAGAUGUUGCUUUUCUUCAAAAGCUUCCCUGUGUUGUGAGAUAUCCCUGCCUCUGUGUGAGAACAAGAUAUGCUAGGCCACAUCUGUCAGCCUCAGGGGCACAGCUGGGGCGAUGGCUGCCUGGAAUGUGUGACUAAGGACUUCCCAAGUCUCUCUGUCUGACCAGAGCUGGCAAGAAGCCUGACCUUUGAAGUUAAGGGUGAAGUCCCUCCUGGUCCCUUGCCUGUAGGGAGUAUCUUCCUGGAUGCUUCCUGUGAGUAGCUGGUAACUGCUCCCCCGCACCAGAGAAGAGGCUGUCUUGUAACCCUGUGUCCAGAGGCUGGACUAGCAAACCAAAUAGGUGAUUCUCACUGUGUGCCUUUCUCCCUCAUCCCAGUUCAUCAACAGAUGAAGACACUGAAGAGUAGGCCCUUUCUGUUGCUGGGGUGUUCAGGACAUGCCACCCGGUGAGGGUCAAACAGCUGCAUCAGAGUCACCUGGAGAGCUGUCUCCCAAAAUGCAGGUUCCUGGAGCUCUCCUUCAUAAUUUCCAAUUCCAUGAGUCUGGCUCAUGCCAGGAAUCUAUCCUUAAAGACUCCCGAGAGACUGUGGUAGGCAGGUGUGGCAUAGUAAUCCUGAUGCAUUUGGUGCCUUACUUCCCUAGUGGGGGCAGGUGCUUAGGAGCCCCAGAGAGAUUUGACAGGUCUGUGACAGAGGCCCAGAACACUAAGGAGGCUGCAAAGCUCCUGCCUUGAUCUUAGCAGCCAGGGCCGGAGCUGUUUCUGCACUGAAUGAAAUCAGGGCAUCUGAAUGGGAGGCCUGGGGAGCUGUGCGGAAACCAGGGCAGAGAAGAAGGCUUUGGAUGUGCAUAUCCUAUCCAGCCAUGACAGGGAUGGGGCAGGGAGCAUGAUCAGGCAUGAAAUUUGUGUGCAAAAUGAUGAAUUGUCAGUUGAAGUUGGCGGGACACUGAUCCAAGUAAGUGGGCCUGGUGCAGGAACAGAAAGCGGUGACUAGGUCUAAGGUUCCCAGUCUAGGCAACUCCCACGGCAUGCACAGACGGAAAGGCACCAUCCCAAGUUGCAGCAAGACCCUCCACCCUCAGCAGUUUAUACUACAAAGCCACCAGGUGAGUGGGCACACAAGCUAGCAUGAUAAUUGUGUUUCCGCGGGUGAAAAAAAAUAGUGCUUAAGUCAGGAAAAGCAAAAUAAGUAAGUUCUGCAUAGCUCUGGAAGUGGGCAUCACACCAGGCUUCUGGAAAGGGUCCCCUGACAUCUGGAAUUUAGAGCCAAGAAGCAAGGUCCCUUUGGUAUCUGAACCUGGGUUAUUGGUGCUAUUACAAGAAGGUGAGGUCUUUUCUUCUGUUUCUUUUGACUGAGUGUGUGUGUGUGGUGUGUGUGUGUAUGUGUGUGUGUGUGUGUGUCUGUGUCUAUGUGUCUGUGUGUCUGUGUGUGUGUAUCUGUGUGUGUCUCUGUAUGUCUGUGUGUGUGUCUGUGUGUCUCUGUGUCUGUGUGUCUCUGUGUGUUCAGUGAGAGGCAGUUUUAUGGUACUAUGAGAAAGCCCUCCAGGCAUGCAGACCUUAAGUAAAUAAAAGCACACAAAUAAAAUUUUCAAACUAUGUCCUUUCAGAACAUAGUAGGAUUUGCUGAGAAACUGGAUUGAAUUCCCUUUGCUCACCUAACUGCUAAGUGAGAAAGAAAUUCAGAAGAGGGACCAUGUUUUCUCCAAAGGAUCUGCUGAGACGGGGCCCACGGCGGGCCUGUUGACUCUAAUGCGUGACCUUCUAAAAGCCAACUGGGGUGUGUGAGCUGUGGCUAUGUCAGCUACAGGCUAAUGAUGGGGCUGAAGUUUAGUUGGCCAGACCUGAACCCAGAGGAGUAAUUCCGCCCAUGGGUAAUAGGUUGCAUCUGAGGUCUGAAGGCCACUGCACAGUCCUCAGGGCAGGGUUGUUUGUCUAGUGGUGGUGAAGGCUUGGCCUGAAGCAUCCACACUUUCACUGGUUUCCACAUGGAUCCCAGAUGGCCAGCCAAGCACCGGGAUUAGUGUUUGACCCUAGAGCACAAAGCAGGUUUUCUCUUGAGUCAAGAGGUGAGUGUAAAAAUGUCAGGACAUUGCUAGCAACCUAUUUUAGGUAGAUUUUCAGAGAGUAGUCGUUCAUUUGCCCCAAUCCAUCCUAGAUCCUAAAUAUGAUACCCUGGACCAUAUUUCAGUACAGAACAUCUCUACGGGGUACAACCAGAGGUGUUGCUAGUCUACUGACUUUCUGAGAGAGUUAACAGCUCUUAUUUGUAGUGCACUAUUGAACCCCAUGAAUCUCUAAGAGGUACCUGAGAGGGGCAGAGUGAACCAUGUGUUAGGAGUUCCCACAGAGAUGCCAAUGUAUGUAAAGAACUGCGCCCCCAAUGAAGAGCAUCCUAACAGUCAGAAGUUCCAUGUCACCAGACUAUACUGGACAACCCCUGGGUAUCCAGUUCUCUCCUCUUUAGUAGCUGUCAUGAUAAGACAAUAAUUGGAUAACUUAAGGUGCUAUUACAUCCCUUGAAGAACUUGUUAAAGAUCCAUCCAGGGGGACUAGAGAGAUCGCUGAUGGCUAAGAGUACAUGCUGCUUCCCCAAAGGACCAGAGUUUAGUCUCCAACAACACAGGCACAAACACAUACGUGCCCGCAUGUACACACACACACACACAAAACACACCAUAAAUAAAAAUUAAAUUGUAAAAUGAACUAAACAAACGAAAUAAAAAUGCAACCCCUUGAACUCAAAUCUCCCAGGGGGUCUGAUGCCACAGAGAGAGUCCGGAUGUCUGUCACUGGCAAGCAAAUAGCAUAUUUGAAGUUACAUGUGCAGACACCUUACUCCUCUGUUGACUUCCCCAAUGGCUUCCAUGACUUGCAAGCUCCAGGUCUAGUGACCUUUAGCACAGUGAGUUUAUCUCAUCUGUGAUGCCACAGAGCAACAGGACUGUUAAAAGUCCCACCCUGCAAAACCUGGUUCCGACAUUAGCGGAGGAGCGCCCUGUGGUGCAGCAGACAGCAGACGUGAGCUACCCCAUCUCAUCCUACCAGCAUCUCUGUUAUUACCAACCCCAUUUUCCAGAUGACAAAAUGGAGGCCCGGAACCAUCUUCCAAAGAGGUGGUGCCAGGAUUCCAAGCCAGGCAGCCUGACUGCAUAGUCUGUAUUGUACGCUUGGUGCCGAGCUGCCUCUGAAAGACAGUGCUCCUCUGAGGGUCUUUGGCUUCCAGCUCAUUCAGGCUGAAGUUCAGUUCAGUUUUGUGGGAACUGAAUUGAGUUGGAGAUGCCAACACUGGCCUAAGGCAUCUCAUUUCAUCCAAGCAGCAACCUAGCAGCAACCUUGUGGGGAAGGUGUGAUUACUGCCUUCCAGAGGAGGAAAAGCAGACCCAAAGAGGUUAGUCCUGUGGCUUGAUAGGUGCUACACAGCCAGCUAGGGACAGAGAGUCAUUUAUUGGUCCUUUCUCUACCCCAGCUACCUAGCUGAAUCUCUUCCGUGGUCCCUUAGGCUAAUGUAAGAGAGCUUUGACUCCUUGGUCCUUAUCUAAACAUUCGGGCUUGUUUCUGGCAGUCUUCACUUUUGACUGUUAAACGACUGAGUCUGUAAAUAAAACCUAAGUGUACACGUGGGGAAGACAGAUGUAUCCAGAAACGCCCUAAGACCUCAGCCACAUGGAGUUGGCUGAGGGCAACAGUAAGAGGCAAAAGACCAAGCACUUGUGGAGAAAGGAUAUGCACCUAUUUGGCCAUUAUCCAGCCCAUGAUGACUUCUACCUGGUCGUGUGCAGUGCCUGCAAUCAGGUGGUCAAGCCACAGGUCUUCCAGUCGCACUGCGAGAGAAGACACAGUUCAAUGUGCAGGCCUUCUCCCUCUCCAGCAGCGUCUCCAGCCUCCAAUCUCCGGACAUCACUAGCACAGGCAAAGACAAAAGCCUGUGUCAGCGGCCAUAACGCUGUCAGCAGCACCUCAAAGCCAUUUAAAACGCCCAAAGACAAUCUACUUACCUCCAGCAGCACACAGCACACAGUCUUCUCUGCAAAGGGACCAAGGGAUAAACCAUGGUGCUGUGUCAGAGAGGAGCACAUAGAGGGCCCGAGAGGCGGGUGGAAUCAGAGGAUCCAUGGGGACAGCCGGCCUGGGAGCGUUCCAGUUCCCGUAGUCAGUUUAGAGAAAAUCCCUAACCUAGUGAAGGCAGACGGUGCCAAUGUCAAAAUGAACUCUACAACCACUACCGCAGCCACUUCCUCCUCCUCCUCUGCCGUCUCCACCCCACCUUUAAUUAAGCCCACCUUGAUGUCCAAGUCCGUGCCACCUUCACCAGAGAAGACCUUAAAUGGCAAGGGGACUCUGUCAGCCACCAUAGACAAGAAGCACCCAAAUGGCACCAAAAACAGCAACAAGCCUUACCGGAGACUUUCAGAGAGAGAAUUUGACCCAAAUAAACACUGUGGAGUAUUGGAUCCCGAGACAAAGAAACCUUGCACAAGAUCCCUCACCUGCAAGACACACUCGCUGAGCCAUCGGAGAGCAGUCCCAGGCCGGAAAAAGCAAUUUGACCUCCUCCUGGCGGAGCACAAAGCCAAGUCGCGGGAGAAAGAAGUGAAAGAGCACCUUCUGACUUCUGCUAGGGAGAUACUUCCGAACCCGCCUGGACCCGUGCCUGAUGCUCUGCAAGGAUCUUCCGGGAGCACGGUGGCAGAGCCAAAAGUAGCAUCCCCACCAAAAUCCAGGCCACUCAACUCUGUGCUUCCCAGACCAUCAUCUGCGAACAGCAUAAGCAGCAGUGCAUCUUCAAACCACAGCGGCUACACUCCAGAGCCCCCUCUACCCCCAGCUGGAGGCGACCUUGCCAGCCGACUGUCCAGUGAUGAAGGGGAGAUGGACGGAGCCGACGAAUCCGAGAAGUUAGACUGUCAGUUCUCCACGCACCACCCCAGACCUCUUGCGUUCUGCUCAUUUGGGAGUCGCCUCAUGGGACGAGGAUACUAUGUGUUUGAUAGAAGAUGGGAUCGAUUUCGCUUCGCACUGAACUCCAUGGUAGAAAAACACUUGAAUUCGCAGAUGUGGAAGCACAGAAGCCCGAGCCACAGGGCAUCAGGUCCCUCCCCUCUGUUCAGGACUUGCCUAACCAAUCUGCUGUCACUGAGCAACAUUGGGGCUGCCUGGGUGUCAACUCUGGAGAGCGUAGCACCCCGCUGCCCUCUCAACCUCGCUGCCCAAACUCCAGGCCCUGAAGGGCCCGAACCUGGAGGGAUGGCAGCCGAUGGGGGCAUGGAAGACAUUAGGAAGAAAAGGAACGGCCAAGACUCUUUUUUCUUUAACAAGCAUUUAACUCUGCACCAGGAGACGCCAACACAGUAUUCUCUUUCAGCCAGGAAGAUCCCUCCUGCGGCAGAUAGCCCCAUGCCCUCGCCAGCAGCCCACAUCACCACCCCCGUUCCAGCAUCCGUUUUGCAGCCUUUCAGCAACCCCAGUGCUGUGUAUCUUCCUUCAGCUCCCAUCAGCUCGAGACUCACCUCUUCUUACAUAAUGACAUCAGCCAUGCUCUCAGACGCAGCUUUUGUGGCAUCGCCGGACCCACGCGUCCUCAUGUCCCACACCACAGCUUUCCCCCAUGUGGCUGCAACCCUGAGCAUCAUGGACUCAACCUUCAAGGCCCCAUCCGCCGUGUCCCCGAUACCAGCUGUCAUUCCUUCCCCAUCCCACAAGCCAUCCAAAACCAAAACCAGCAAAUCCUCAAAAGUGAAAGACCUGUCCGCUCGUAGCGACGAAUCUCCAAGUAACAAAAAGAGGAAGCCGCAGUCCUCUAUUUCCUCCUCCUCCUUAUCCUUGCAGGCUUCCCUCUCGUCUCCAUUGUCAGGGCCUCACAAAAAGAACUGCGUUCUGAAUGCCAGUUCUGCUUUGAACUCCUAUCAGGCAGCCCCUCCCUAUAACAGUUUGUCUGUGCACAACUCAAAUAACGGGGUAAGCCCACUCAGUGCCAAGCUGGAGCCCUCAGGACGGACCUCACUGCCCAGUGGCCCCAUGGACAUAGUGAGACAGGUGGGCGCUGUGGGUGGCAGCAGUGGCUCCUGUCCCCUCUCCGUGUCCUCCCUUGCACUCCAUGCAGGGGACCUCUCUCUGGCCUCACACAAUGCUGUGUCUUCUCUGCCCCUCUCUUUUGACAAAUCAGAAGGAAAAAAGCGUAAGAAUUCAAGUCCUAGUAGCAAAGCCUGUAAGAUCACUAAAAUGCCUGGUAUGAAUAGCGUUCACAAAAAGAACCCACCCAGCCUUCUUGCACCGGUGCCCGAUCCCGUUAACAGCGCCACCUCUCGGCAGGUAAGGGAGCUCCUGGCACUGCCUUCAUCGGCUCUGGGGGGCAGGGGGAGCUGGGCAGCGCCCUUGCUUGGCCAGGUGGCUCAGACAGGCAACACAAGCAUGUCUCCUUUUUCCGGGUUCCCCGUAGGCUCCGAGAGUUCUUGGUAGGACUUUGCUAAUCUCUAUGGCAAGCACUUUACAGUCAUCACUUCCUUUAGUCCUCACAACAACCCAGGACAAAAUGGCCAGGGGUACAAAAUGGCCGUCACUUAACAGAUGGGUAAACCGAGGCACAAAGAGUCUCUGAGUUCCCCCAUUCCUUUUGAAUGUUUCAUACCUUGAGGUUUUAUACGAGAUCUAUUUCAUUAAAGAGUUGUGUUGCUAAGAA